CACGAGUGGCUGCUUCAGCUGUGUGUGUUACAAAUACUGCACAUGGUAGCGUUUGGUAGCUGCUUGUAGCGACGGACAUCACCGGGCCCCAUACUCUGAACUUUUUUGAAUUCUUUGUUUACAAGUUAAAGCACAACGUUUACUUUAAUUUCUGCAAGUUGUAAAACAAUUACAACUUUGAAGUCAGCGUUCAAGGCUGUGCGCGAGCGUUAUAUAGCGAGUUUGAGGACGUUGAUAAACAGUUGUAACUUGUCCCACUCCGCCUGCAGCAGCCACGCAGAAGCUAUCAUGUCGACCGGCUCAAAUGAAGUUAAAAGCUGCCCCAUCCCCACCAGGGUGCUCACCCUGAAGGACUGGUCCCAGCUACCCGACAUUUACAGCCAGACACCCGGGGGCACCCUGUUUUCCACCACGCCUGGAGGUACACGCAUCAUCUACGACAGGAAGUUCUUAAUGGAUUGUCGAAACUCUCCUAUCGCCCGUACCCCCCCAUGCUGUCUUCCCCAGAUUCCCGGGGUAACAGUACCUGCUUCACACCCCAUGGGGAAACUGCAGGAUCUCAAAGAGGAGGAGGAAGAGGAAGAGAAAGACAUUGCAGGUAAACUAUUUAUCGCUUGCUUUUUACGAGUGGACUUAACCAGUAAACAAACACACAGUUCAGUCCUUGUCCAUAUAUCUUUAAUUCAUUUGUGGUUUUAUGAAAUCAAAAUAAUUAAUGUAAAAGAGGUUAACAACACAUAUCAAUUUCCCGAUGCAUAGAAUGAUUUUACAGAU